AUGUCAAAAGUAUUCAAUAACGAAGGUGUAAAAGCCGGUUGCAUUUACCGGAUAGCUCUUGAGAAUUUUGUGACAUACAAACAAGUAGUAUUAUAUCCAAGUCAAUCAUUAAAUUUGAUAAUCGGACCCAACGGAACUGGAAAAUCGACUUUUGUUUGUGCAAUAGUUUUGGGUCUUUGUGGAAAAACCAGUGUUAUUGGACGUGCUAAAAAGAUAUCAGAGUUUGUAAGAAGUGGAUGUGAAGAAUCUACAAUAGAGAUAGAACUCUACAGAAAUAUGGGUGAAAGAAAUGUUAUAAUAACAAGAAACUUUAACCUCAGAGAUGUUUCUACUUGGGCGAUAGAUCAUAAAACUGUUAGAGAGAAACAAGUACUGGAGCUAAUUGAAUCUUUAAAUAUACAGGUGGACAAUCUCUGUCAAUUACUACCUCAAGAUAGAGUACAGGAUUUCUCUAAGAUGAAUCCACAAGAGUUGUUGCGCAGCACAUUGUCCGCAGUCGGGGGACUUGAGAGUGUGGCACAACUUGACGAGUUAAUAGAAUGCAGAAAUAAACAUAGAGGACUAUCAACUAAAGUACAGAAUAAUGCCCAAUUGUUACAAGAACAGAUACGGCUUAAUGAGAGAUUAAAAACGAUAAUAGAUGGUAUGCAUCAAAGGAAAGAGAUAGAGAAGCAGAUAGAGAUUUGUGAAAAAAAGAAACUUUGGGUAGAGUAUCAAACUCUUAGAGAAAGAGUAAUAGAAUGUGAAAGAGAUAAGAAAGAAGCUGUGAAACUUGUUAAUACACAUAAAAGGAAAAUGGAACCAUUGGAAAAAAUCAUUGAUAAAGCUAAAGUGGGAAUAAGUAAAUUGGAACAGGAGAAAUUAGCUACUAAUCGUGAAGUCCAUUCCUUAAAAGAUAAUAUAAAAGAAGCGAUCAGUUCAGCGCGACAACAGGAAUACCAAUUGAAAGAUCUAGAAGCUUCUCUGCAAGAGAAAUUGGACAGACAACAGAAUAAAGAAAGAGAAUUACUUGAAGCUAAUGCUAAAUUGGAAAAACUAAGGAACGAUAAGAAAAUGUUAAUAGAAAAAAUCGGCGAUGAGACUCAAAUAAAAAUGGAACUAGCAGAGUUACAAAAACCGAUAGCUGCCAACAAUGCUACAAUAGAAAGAUUCAAGAAACAGAAAUUAGAACUACAAUAUGACCUUGACAAUAAUAUUAAACCACAAAUCAGACUGUUCCAAAACAAAAUAAAUAACUUAGAGAAUGUAGAUGCUAAGCGUUUAGAAGUACUGAGAUCUUACAGCGAGGAUUGUUAUAAAGCAGUUAUGUGGCUAAGAGAAAACAAACAAAUGUUCUCAAAACCUGUAUAUGAACCAAUGAUGUUAGAAAUAAACUUCACGGAGGCGAAGUUCGCACGUUAUUUGGAAGCGACAGUGCCCGCGCGGGAUCUCGCCGCCUUCACAUUCGAGAGCAGCGCCGACAUGAACCUGUUCCUGCAGCAAGUGCGGCGCGCCCAGGGGCUGAAGCUAGUCAACGCUAUCUGCAGCUGCCCCGGCGCCCUGCACAGACCUGAUGUUACACAACUUAGAUUAACAAAACAUCAAGAGACUUCUCGGCAACACAGUAUAAGGAUGGAAGAAAUUGACAAUAAACUGAUGUCUUUAGAAACCGAAUUAAACAAGUUAAACGCAGCGAGGAGAGUUAUUCAUGAAAAUGUUGAAAAAGUUAGAACACUAUCCGCACAAAUCCGUCUACAAAUAAAAAAGGUAGAAGAUAUUGAGAACGAGCCGACAUUGAAUAUAGAAGUGGAGAGAAGUAGAUGUAAACAGAAGCAGCGGGAGUGCGUCAUGAAGCUGUGCCAACGACAUCAGGAAUUAACUGGCACUAUGAGAAGAUUGCAGGAUAAAAUCAUUAGUAUGGAGAUAUGUAAGGUGAAAUUAGAUUUUAACAGACACUCCAUAGUUUGUGAAGAAAGAAAAUUACGAGAAUUGAAAUACGAGAUGAGAAACGUGGAAGCAACAUUAGAGAACAUAGAUAAUCAACUAAUUCGUGUAAAAACGAAUGCCAAAGAGAAGCUAAUCGAGGCCAAAAGAUGUUGUAAUAAUAAACUACCGAACGACCCCGACUUUCCUUACACUGAGGACUUUGCGGUGCUGCCCAGUGAGGUCAAUGAAUUGAUGGCGCACUGCUACGAGCUGCAGGCCAGGGUUAACUGCAUGGAUGAAGGGGAUGACAGGGCCGUAAAGGAGUAUGAAGAACGUGAGCAGAUGAUAGCAAAACUGAAGAAUGACGUAGAGAGCUCCGGUGACGUCAGCAAACAGCUCGAAAUCAAAAUGAACCGUAUCAAGCAGUUUGAAAGCGCCAGUGGUAGAAAAAUUGAGAAGCAAAAGGUUAGCGAUAGAAAUAGUUAA